GGUCAGGUUCCAGCAUCAUCGUUGAAAUUUACAGCUCGAGCUUCACUACAAGCUUAACAUUUGCCAUAUCACGUCCAACUACAAUCAAUAACACGAGGGACCUUGAAAUCUACACACAUAAAUCGCACUCGUCAAGUCUCGUUCAUCGCCAACUCUCAAAAUGGACUCCUCCGACCCAAAGACUGCCGUCAUGCGCCAGAUCCAGCAAGAAGCUGCUGUGACAAACGCGAGGUCGCUCGUCGAAAAACUCAAUGAUCAUUGUUUCGAGCGCUGCGUCCCCAAGCCGUCAACAUCACUAUCAAAAAAUGAAGAGACCUGCAUGUCACAAUGCAUAGAAAAAUACAUGGCCGCAUGGAAUGCUGUCAGCAAGGUAUAUGUCGGUAGAUUGCAAAGAGAUCAAGCAGCCGGAAACAGCGGCUUCGUAUAGGUUGUAAAGCGUUCAGAGUCGGACCGUGGACAUAAAUAUGUACGAUAGAUGGCAUUGCGAAGGAAUCAGGACAGUAAAUCACGUACCGAUAUGUACAAUAUUAGAAGACGACAUAAUUGUAUGUAUGUACAUAGCCAUUAGAAGAAUUUAGAAAAGGUUGCUCAG